GCCUAACCUUCGGGCGGCCAUCUCUUUAAAGUUUGUGGCACAUUUACGAAGUGAAGUGUGAGGAAGGAAAGUCUGGUACUUAUUUCUUCUUAAUGCAGAUUUCGAAUUUCAGAUUUCUAACAGAUGAUCUAGAAUAAGAUUAUUGUAUACAAAGUAAAAAUACUGAGAUAAUAUGUUGUCAGAAGCUGGGAAGGUCAUCGGGACAGAGCUAUCAAAGAAGUAUUCAUUUCGUAGCAGAAAACAAAUAGGUUCCCAGAUUCGCAUUGAAGAACCUGUGGAUCAAAAAGAAAAGUCUUCUCGCGAAAAUGAACUUUUAAUUUUGAAAAAAGGUAGUACUAAAGAAAAAACUUCCAAAAGACAACACUUGUCGAUAGCUUACGAAGAACGGAUGUUGAACGACUCCCUGCAGAAAGAAGGUUUAAAGGGAAGUGUUUCAGGGGCCACCAGAACUGAAAGUAAGAAGUUAAAGUGGGAGCCAGAUAAUUGGCGUGAAGUUAUUAAUAAUAUACGAGAAAUGAGGAGGCAACGAGAUGCUCCAGUGGAUACAAUGGGAUGUGAUAAAUGUGCAGAUGAAAGUGCCCCACCUAAGGAAACAAGGUACCACUCCUUAGUAUCUCUUAUGUUGUCCAGUCAAACAAAAGAUGCAGUGACAUAUGCAGCCAUGCAGAAACUUCGGCAGCACGGACUGACAGUGCCCAAUGUUCUCAAUACAGAUGACAAAACUCUUGGACAACUGAUAUAUCCAGUUUCAUUUUGGAAGAGUAAGGUGAAUUAUAUAAAAAGGACCACACAGAUUCUACAAGAUGAAUAUGAUGGAGAUAUACCGGACAGCGUGGAGAAACUGUGUAAGUUGCCUGGUGUUGGACCCAAAAUGGCUCACUUAUGUAUGAAGACAGCUUGGGGAAUACUUACUGGAAUAGGAGUGGACACACACGUCCACAGGAUUUCAAACAGAUUGGGUUGGGUCAAAAAGGCUACCAAGACACCAGAAGCAACACGUAUUGCACUGGAGGCAUGGCUUCCAACAGAAUUGUGGGAUGAGGUAAAUAACUUGAUGGUUGGAUUUGGUCAGCAGCUAUGCAAGCCUGUGAAUCCACUCUGCAGUACCUGUCUCAACAGAAAUCUCUGUCCCUUUGGUCAGUUGCAUUCCAGGGGCAAGCAAUAGUCUCCAACAUUAUCAGCUUUGAAAACUCCCAUUUUAUUAAGCAAAUAAAUAAUUACAUCACCACACAUGUAGCCGGUCAUAUAUCACUUCCUUUUCUUUCCGUGUUUUCUAACCUUUUUGGAAUUGGACUGGGUUUUAAUCCUUUUUUUCUUUUUUUUAAGUGAUUCCUUCUUGUUCUUUUGCCUUUCUAUCUUGUUCUUCAGUUUGAAAGCCUUACUUUUCUGCACUUGUUUGGUGGCCUGCUUUUUUAUUAUCUUCUUGACAUCCUUUCUUGUUUUCAACUCCAUUCCUGGUAAUUCAGCUUUCUGUUGAUCUUCCUUUGCAACCCCGUCAUCAUUCUUUUCAUCUUCAUAUUGCACCUGCAACAUUUUUAUCUUCAGAGCCAUUUUCUGAUACUGCCUUGCAUAAUGAUAUCUUGGUGUAGGUUUCAAUACUGAAUCUUAACUCAUUUUUCACAUGCUUAUACUUUUUUUAAUUACAGUCCUACUUUCAGAGUAAAUUUUGUACUUUAUUAAAGCUGUGCAUUUCAAAUUUUUUGCAUUGCACUAUACACUAAUAUGUUCUGCUAACUACCUCUAAUUUCUUGAUUUGCACAUAAUGGUUUGAGUUGUAAUCAUGAAUAGGAGAACUGAAAGAAACAAUUGUCACCUUUUUUUUAUCUAGGAACUGAAAAUCCCUGUUAGGGUAGCUGUCUGCAUCAAAGAUUUGAACUAGGUAUGUCAAAAAAUGUGGUGUGAUAUCCAACAGACUGUAACAGUCAGUAUCUCUAGGUCCUAUACUUUAUUGCAUGUUAAAUAAAAGUAUAGAACAUUGACUUAUUUUAGCUAACAUAUUGGUGUAUUUCUUCUUAAAUGUCAGGUUGUUUAUUUAAUGUUUACAUGAUAUUUACACCCAAUGCCACUUGUCACAAGGAAAAUUUGAUUGAAGUGCAGUGUUUUAUAUGUCCAAAUAUCAAUGACUUUAUACAAUACAAAUUAUUCUCAUAUAGUUUCUCUCUCCAAAGGUAUCAGACAUUCAUCCAUUAUACUAAUAUUAUGCUGACCAUUGUCAGGUGUAGUUGGUACACACAAUAUUUCAUAUUGCAAAGUACCAGAAACUGUUCAAUAAUAUCGGUCUUUAUAAAGAGCAGCACUAAAUUUUUAAA